CGUCGCUGGCGGUGUGCGCGUUCUCCGUAUUUUACACUUAAGAUCCAAAUACAUAUAUUAAGGCUAAUGAUCGUGUAAUUUACACAAAAAAAGAGUUCCCAAUUUAAACCAAAAAAAAGAAGCAGAGGAAGAGGAAGCCUUUUUUAGAUAACUAAACACGGUUUUUCGUGACAUAAAAGAAAGAAGUAAAGCCAACUUGGUUUCAACGUUAUGAGACUCUUUGAAAGAUAACUGCAAUUCAGCUGGGCAUAUGGACAUGAUGUGGCAGUUGCACUAAUUAUGAUAAAUGCGAUGAUGGAUGAAGGUCCUGUCUUUACCUCAAAUUUCCUUCUCCGACAACUCCUCACUAAAUAUUACUCCGCCAGCGCCACCGCCACGUCUGCCCUGCACUUUCAUAUCACGUAAAUAAGCAUCAUUAAAACCGAAAUAACAAAAGCUCAAAUCAGUAUAAAACAUAAACACCAAACAAAGAACAACAAAGACUAACCGCAAAACGAAACCAAAAAAAAAAAAAAUCCAGAAAAGGGGAAAUAAUAUAUAAUAAAAGCGAAGAGAUACAAAAAAAAAAAAUACACACACCAAAACAAACAAUGUCAAAAUAUCAGAAGCUUGACAGCGCUCUGGCACCCACAAGCCAUGAUGAUGAUUAUGAUGAGAGUUUUUCACUUUACUUUGAUGAUAAUCAACACCACCAACAACACCAGCAGCAGCAACAUCAUCAUGAGCAGCAACUGCAGGAUGAGCAGCAUGAUAACAACAGCAACAGCAGCUAUACGAGACUGAAUAUUGUGGGUGGCAAUCGGACUACUCACAUGCCAAAUGGUAAUCCCAAAUACCACAUUAAUAACAACAACAACAACAACAAAAAUAAUAAUGGCAGCGGCAACAUCAGAAAUAGCAUAGACAGCAACAUUGACAGCAACUGCCAUGAAUCACAAAUAGUUUGUACAAAUAAUCCAUAUCGGGAUCUAGAUGAGCACAGUACAUGGGAAGUACCGCUUUUGGAUAACAGUGAAGACAUGGAUAUUGAUCACCUGCACUCAGAGCAUGAGCUUGGCCAUACAAGGCGAACGGGUGAAGAAGAUGCAGGAAGGGGUUCGGGAAUGGGCAAUGGCGGUUGCCGCAGCUCUCAGCCAGGUUUUGGUGCGAACCUCAAAAGCAAAUCGUCGCAGGAGGCCAAAUUAAAAAUUCUCCUCGCAAUUUCCCUCUGUUGCAUAUUCAUGAUCAUUGAAUUCCUUGGCGGUUACAUGGCCGGAAGCUUAGCCAUUAUGACAGAUGCCGCACAUUUAGCCUCGGAUUGUAUUAGUUUCGUCAUCGGUCUGGUUGCAAUUUGGUUGGGUGGCCGACCACCGGAUGGACGCAUGUCCUUUGGUUACAAACGCUUUGAGGUUCUGGGUGCCAUGGCCUCAAUAUUAGGCGUUUGGCUAUUAACAGCCAUGCUUGUUGUGGUUGCCAUUGAACGACUUUUCUCACAAGAUUUCGAUUUGGAUGCCAAUGUCAUGAUGUCCAUAUCAGGAAUCGGUAUAGCCAUUAAUAUUGUCAUGAUGUUUGUGUUGCAUGGAUCCUGGUUUAUAGGCGGUCAUGGUCAUGGACACAGUCAUAGUCAUGGAGGACAUGGACACAGUCAUAGUCAUGGUGGACACGGGCAUAGUCACGCCCAUGCCAACGCCCAUACCUACACACUAUCGACUGGGAAUGCUGUUGCAGAUGAUGAUGAUGCUAGUGGCACUUUGGCAACAGCAACAACAACAAUGCCAAAUGGUCAUUAUGUUGCCAUAACAAAUGACUCAAAGCCAUUUCAGCAAAUCGGGCAACAGCAGCAGCCACAAUCCAAAAAGCUGGAGAGCAAAUCAGAACAGAAUCUAAAUCUUCGAGCGGCCAUGAUUCAUGUAAUUGGAGAUCUCGUUCAGAGCAUUGGCGUCUUUCUGGCCGCUGUGCUAAUCAAAUUUUGCCCAAGUGCCAAGUUUGCCGAUCCACUGUGCACACUUCUCUUCUCGGUAAUUGUGAUUAUGACCACAGUGCAGCUGUUCCGAGAAUCAAUAUCAAUCUUACUCGACGCUGUGCCCCGUAAUGUUUGUCUACGAACUCUCGAGAGGGAAUUGAAGUGCAUUGAGGGUGUUCGAUCGGUUCAUCAUUUGAAUGUGUGGCAACAUACCAGCGAGUUCAAUGUGCUAAUGGCUCAUUUGAUUAUAGACGACACCUGCUCGGAUAGCUCAACAAUAUUAAAACAAGCCACCAAACUGGCCAAUAGUGAACAAUUUAAUAUCAAGCAUGCCACCAUACAAAUCGAACGUCUAACUCCAUUUUAGGGCAUUUAAGUUUUGCUAACCAAAAUUCUAAAGUACCAAAGUCUGCGUGUUUGUAUAGCAAUUAUUAUUACUAUUAUUGUAUUUAAGGCAUAUUUGUGAUUGUACGUAUUAAUUUUAUGAAAUUUUCUAGAUAAAAAAUUAGCAAUAAAUUUAUUUUGGCAUUAAUAAUAGGUGUUAAUUGCAGUCCAAGACAAUAAUUGUUUGUAAAGAAGUGUUUAUUAUUUUAAUAAUUAUUUUUAGCAAAUACAUUUAUGCAUUUUUAUAAUGAAAAAUAAGUUUUUUAAAUUGAAAAUGUUUAAAAUAUAUGAAAUUAUUAAUUUCUUUAAGAAAAUAAACAAAAA